CCCACCUCCAAUCUUCCACCGUCUGGCUUGCUUUACUGAUCACAAAACCACCAUGUUGAACCUCGAUUAUACCAUCUCCAAUUUGAAGGGGAAGACGAUCCUCAUCACCGGCGGCGCAUCCGGAUUUGGAGCUGCUUUUGCCGCACGAUGGGCCUCCGCGGGCGCCCAGAUCAUCAUUGGGGAUAUCAACCCAGCCGGGGAGACGAUUGUUGCUCAGAUCCGCACCGAAUCGGCCAACGAGAACGUACACUUCAUUCACCUCGAUGUAACCUCGUGGUCCUCGCAAGUCAACUUCUUCCGACAGGCGGUCCAGCUCAGUCAACACGGAGGUAUUGAUGCGGUUGUGGCCAACGCGGGCAUCAACGACCGCGACGAGGCGAGACAGCUCGAAAACCCGACGGUGGAUUACUUGAACGACCCCCACCCCCCAGCGCCCAGUUCCAAGACCGUCGACGUCAACCUCAGCGGGGUCUUGUACACGGUGCACCUGGCUCAGUGGUUCCUUCCCCGGAAUCCCGACUCACAGCCCUGCUCCGAAUCCGAACAGACCUCCCACAGAGACCGCCAUAUCCUGCUGGUGGGAUCCACGGCGAGCCUGCACCCGCUCAUCAGCCAGGCUCCCUACACCAUCACGAAACACGCGGUGCUCGGGUUGUUCCGCUGCCUUCGCGUGACAGCCCCCGUUUCGGGCGGGAUACGCGUCAACAUCAUCUGCCCCUAUUUCACCGACAUCGGCCUCAUGAAUGCGCCUGCCCGGGUCAUUCUGGCGGGGGUCCCGAUCGGACAGCCCGAGGAUGUGGUCGAGGCGGCCACCUACCUCAUGGCCAACCAGACUUGCAGCGGUCGCUCGCUGGUGACGGGGCCUCGUUUGAAAUUGGGACUGCCCGACCGUGCUUUGUUGAGCCGAGAGUCGCUCGAUGAACAGACAGGGGAAGGGGAGGACUCGGAGCGUGGAGUCUGGGAGUGUCAACUGCACGAUGUGGAAACCGCGGAUAUUUUCACCGAGCGCAUGCUGAAGGCCGUGAAAGCCGUGGUGGCCACCCGGGGAUGGAUUGGAUGGGCUAAGGGAUUGGCGGGGGCACUGGCCUGGCCCGUGAUGAAGAAUUGGAACAAGGCAUGAUCUCUUGUGUUGGGAGCAAAAUCAAUCUGAUACACAUCUAUAAAUGACUCGAUGGUGAAGGCUUCAUAUGCCUAUUUCUUCCACCUCAAUGUGGUGGUACUGCAUUUCUCCCUCCAUACAUGCUAGUGCAAGAACCUGA